AUGACGUUGGACUCUGAAACCCUUCCCAUGAAGUCAUCAAUGCUGGAUGCUAGCGAUCAUCCGCGAUCCCCACAGCUCGGCCAUCUUGGCGGCGACCAACUGCCUGGGUAUGAAGAGAAGCCCGACGACGUCGAAGACCAAAAGAUCGGGCCGAUCGACUUGGUGUUCUCAAAUCACCACGUCGUUGCGGUGUCUGCCAGCGACCACGGCUUGCAGCCCCUCUACGAGCUCAACCGUGGCAUGGCCACGUUAUCCAACUCUACGACCACUGUGACCUUUUCGCGGUUGGACCAUGCCGUCCGGGAGACCGCCGCGGGCGACCCUCGGGUGAGAGAACGCAAGCGACGUCUUUACGACAUGGAGCAUACGAAGGGAUCCUUGUUUGCAAAAUAUGCCUUGAAACAGACGCACUUACGGGGCCACGACGCUUCCAUGUUCAAAGAUGUUCCGCCAUUUUGGUGCAAAAAUGUGUCCCGGACGACUGUGGGCGAUGUUGGCCUGAGAAUUGACACCAAAAUUUUCAGCAGAAAAGUAGACUUCAAAGCUUAG